AUGGCUGUGCCAAGAUACACACCUCGCGGUCGGAAGCAGAGUGCAACUGCUUCGAACUCUCCGGAGCCUCCGCCGGCCGUUCAUGGUACUAGUGCGGUCAGCGUAAACAGCUCUCUGCUCAGUCGACUGUCUCCGAGAAAAUCCAGUCUCUUGUCUCGACUGGUUUCCGAGUCUGAGCCGCCGGUCCGUCCGAACAAGGGCGUGCGUCUGGUAGAUCGCCUGUCUUCUUCUCCAGCGCGCAAUGUUGUGGAGUUGGAUGAGGGAGAGAUCAUUCCUACUGGUGCGGGGGGAUAUGCCGGAAGGGAGGGGAGCACGUCCGUGACAGAAGAAGGACAGCUGAUCGAGCGUGGCUUCCCACAAAUGCAUAGACAGUCAAGCCGGCCGCUGUCCCUUCAAGUUCGACUGCAGACCAGACCGGAAGACCUAAAGGCACGCCUGGGGAUAGAUACAUCAAUCGAACAAGCUCCUUCCCCCUCAGAAGCCUGUUUGGAAGAAGGUGAGAUGAACGACGACGUGCAGCAGCCCGAGCGAACCUCCUCACCAGCGUCCGAAGCUGCGGUGGACAGGCUGCUCGCGUCCGUGCUAGAUUUAAGUGAUAUUACGCUCGCCACGGCAUCCUCUGCUGUUUCGGAGCGCGCCGAUCCUCGGCCCACCCAUUCCCCCCGGUCUAAUGCGUCUCCAUCCACUGUAAUCGAAGAGUGCCGCCGGCUGCUCCUCCCUCAGCUGAUACAGAACGCGUGGAUGCGCGAGUCUCAUCUGGGUGCGGACGGCGACGCUAUUGCCCAGCGUGCGGAGGACCUGCUCACGGAGGAGCGGUGCAAAGAGUUCAUGGCGCUCGCGCAGGAGGUGCGCGCACAGAUGCAGCGGCGGGAGCAGCUUGAACAGGAGGCGGAGAGAGGGGGGCCCUCUACGGGAACAAAAAGGCCGAGAGACGUGGAUGUGCAGGGGAAGGAGGGUCCCGAGCGCGGUGCCAAGCUUCGGCGGGUUAGUACGCCGCACUCGGACGUCUCACACGCGCUGGGUGCCACUCGAGAGCCUGCCCCUCAAUCCAGGUUGGGGCUUAUCCAUGACAGCGACAGCAUCCCGAAGGCUCCUAGGGCGAUGCUCGUCGAUUCUUCUGUGCGUGCGGUGGAAGAGUAUUUGGCGCGUAUGCAAGUCUCAACUGUGAGCUCCGAUCUGUCACAAUCAGCUUCCUCUCGUGUUACCCCGACCCCCCCUUCCCUCACGACCAUGGCCCCUACCCUUGGCACUGCACGCGUUCGAGACGUGCAAGUUCAAAAUGGCGACACUGCCGCAGUCAUGGAUACUGUUAAUGAUGAUGUCCCAACCCAAUUUGCCUCACUUCCUGACUUGCCUCGCAAUACUCCACCGAAAUCCGACGAUAAUGAUGGUGACAUGCCAGAGCGCGAAGAGUCUCAGUCAACAGCGAAACCUGUAUCGCAGCCGCCACCGCCCGCUGUCCACGAACCGCCUCCGUCAGAUAUUCAGAUGGAAUCAUCACAGACCGAAUCGCAAAAUCCACCAGCAGGACCGCAAGAUCUUCCACAUCACCACUUAAACUCUGUGCCCGGUCUCUGGUCCGUCAAUGUUGGUACGAAGGGACCGUCUAUGUUCGAAUUUGAUAUCAAUAUCGACGAGGAGGUCGCUGGUGCAGCUGAGCGCUGGGCCUGUCGGUAUCAGGAAUUCAGUCUCAACGACGCACAUAUCUCGGUGCAUCUCCUCUGCCUCCCCGCCGAGGUGGUGGCCACAGCCAACCGGAAGCUGGACCCCGCGGCGUCUCCAAGAGAUGUUGCACAGAUGUUGUGGGACAUCCCCACCGCGUGGCCCCAACCAGGCACCCUCAUCGUGGAGAUGAAUGAGAGUCAUCCACGGGGAGCGCACGUCUGGUUUUCAGAAGACAUGGGUCCGACGAACGGUCCGCUGGACUUGACAGCCUGUUUGCACGCCGGCAGGAACACAGUCCGCCUCUUGCAGCUGGGCGAUAUGUCCGACCGUCUGUUCGUCGUGCAUGCCGCCUUCCCUUCGUCGGAGGAGCGAGACCGAGCUGCGAAGCGCUGUGCGGGCAAUCGCGAUUGGGCGGACUUCUUUGCAAAGGCGUCGACGAGGCUGCGCCCCUCCAGCACUCCGACCGUUCCAGUUCCUGGUAUUGCGUGGUGA